AUGCUUAUGAUUGGCGUUGAAGCUGAUCAUUUGGGAAAGAAACUUCCACCAUUCUCUUCAUCAUCAUCUUCAUCAUUGGAAUUCAAUAAAAUUUUACAAACAUCUAAAGGUUUUGCUAAUGUAUUAACCGAUACAUAUCUGGAUCAAUUAGUUGAUAAAAUUUUAUCAAUUCGUCAAGAAUAUCCAAAUUUAUUGAAUAAUGAUAAAACAUUGGAAACAAUUCAAUCUGCACAUGAUAAAGUAGAAGAAACACUUGAAAAAAUUCAUCAUUUACUUCAUAAACAUUAUGAAGAAUAUGAAAAUAAAGAAAAUCGUUUAAAUAUCCCAAUUGAUGAAUCAAGUACACAUACUAUUGAUAUCGAUAAAAUGAAAGAAUCAUCUAAGAAGAUUCAACAAUUCCAUGAAAAAUUAUCUCAAUUAAUACCAGUCUAUAUGAACUUGAAACUACAAUCUUAUCAAUCAUUGAAUAAUGAAAAUACUGAACAAGAUACUACUACCACCACCACUACUAAUACUACCGCUACUACUCAAUCUUUUGAAAACAUCCAUCAAGCUGUGAAUAAUUUAAAAAGAUUAUUAUUAGCUAAUGAAAAAUUAGAAAAUGGUUUACAACGUAUAUCACAAUAUACAUCUUUAUUGCCGGAUUUAUCAGAAAACUUGACUAUUCCAAUCUUAGGUGAAAUUCUGUCAUCGAACCAGUGUCCGUCAUCAACAUCAUCAUCAUUAACAUCAGCACCAAAAACAACAACAACAACCACAUCAUUCUCGUUAACAUCAUCAUCAUCAUCAUCAUAUCCUGAUGAUCAAUUGUUGUAAUCAUUUCAUCCUUGUUUGUAAAUGAAAUUCUUAACGAGAUCUCGGCAUUUAUUAAUUUGGUUAUAUCAUUUUUCAUUUAAAUUAGUAACUAAGUGAUUAUUUUGUUUAUUUGAAGAAAACUUCUAAUUUCUAUAUUCUUACCCCCCCCUAUGUCUGUGAAUUUGUUGUACAUUUGAUAAUGUUUAUUGAAAUAAGGCAUGAAAUGAUAGUGUGUAUGUGAAAGAAAAACAAUAUAAGUAACUUCGGUUAUCACAAAAUAAUACAUGUAUUAUGAUAUAAAUUAUCUUUGAAUGAUCAAUACUCUACUGUAUUGUGAAUUGAUUGAAAUUAGACAGAAACACUAUUGGAUGUCAAUUUAAUGGUUUAGAGGUUAAGCGUUCGCAUGCGAGACUGAUAUGUUGUGGAUUCGAAUCUCGCCAGGUGGGAUUGUGGAUACGCAUUGUUGAGGAAUCCCUUACUGGGAUGAAACGGUCGUCCAAUGCUUCGAGAUUUUCUAUGAUGGUCUAGCAUCUAUUGACUCAUGAAUUCAAUUAUUAAAUUACUACUGUAUCAAUCAAUACAUAAAGUUAUUGACUGUUAGUUUGUACUAUCAGAAGUUUAUAAAAUUCAUUGUUGAGCUCCUUAAAUUAGCCGUUAUCUUUCGUUAGAAACAUUGAAUGUUAUGACACAAAACUCGUUUGGAUUUAAUAUCUUUUCUUUCAAUCUUCCAGUUAAAUUUUUCGUUCAUUAAUCUUAUUAGUUCCUUUUUUGAACCAUGUUUCUUAUGGUUUCGAUUUGAUGUCAAUAUCGAUCUGAUCCAUUUAGCAUGCACAUACGCCAAGAGAGACUAAUUAAUUUCAGUCCUUAUAAACGGGAAGAUUCAAACACUUACAAAUCGAAUAAGAUUCUUUCUUGUUGCACAAGUCAGUCACUGCAUGGAUUCACUAGCUAAGUGGAUAACUUAUUAAUCAUGUGAAAAUGGAAGGCAUUGAGUUCGAGACCCUGAGUAUCAGCAUUAGGGUACAUAUACAUCCCAUUGACAAAUCCUAAAUAGGACGAAACCGUCGUCUUAUAUUCCAUCGUUAAUUACUACGUAAUUUUGCUGAAAUAUGUAUUUCUUAUGUUUAAAUUUCUGGUUUUAAAAUUAAUUCCUGUUUCUUGCUUCUCAUUUUGCUAACUUCCGUGUUUUCUGUGCCGAUUUGAAGUGUACCAAUUUCAACCAAUACACAUUCAUUUGAGAUCUUACGUUGACUGUGACUUAUUGAAUAUAAAAAAAAACUCUUCAAUAAUCACAGUAUUGAAACCAAUCACUUUCAAUAUCACAUGGAAUGUAAUAAUAAGCAUUCGACCAAAGCACUCGAUGAUUGAAAUUACAGUCUUAUGAUAAUUUGGUUUUCGUUAAUUCAGUUUUAUAUAAGGGGCUGUUAUUUUCUAGUAUGUAAAAACACGGUAUUACUUCCAUCAUAGACGGUUUGUUUCAAUUAUAAUCAUUGUAUUCCAAUAGACCUUUACUUGUUAUUUGCAUUCGCUUUAAAAAUAUCUCAAUAUUUGUGGUAUACACAGACACUGUAGUAGUAGUAGUAGUAGU